CAGGAACGGAACUACUUCCCCAGCUUUCUACACCACCGACAAACCGAGACCGUCUCUUCCUCGACGUCCCCGUAUGAAGGGAUCCCGGCGUCUCGGUUCGACACAAGCCGUGGGACGAUUGUCUUUUCAAGUUAAUUCGCCAUUUUAAAAACGCAAGUCACUUUCUUUCUCUCUCUCUCGCCCGCGAAACAUUCUUUCUCGCUCGUUUGAAGAAACGGGACUCCAACUUCUCCGACUCUCCCCGACAUUUUGUUAUUUCGCAGAAUAAGCCGGGGUUGUGUUUCCUCCCGACAUUUUGUCCGGUCCCGGAGAACGGUUCUGGGUUUUUUUUGGCGUCGCGGCCGGCGGCACGCAAGCGGCUCACGGCCCUGCCAGGGCACGCGACCCACAGAGCGCAUCACCGGGUGCGAUAGCCGCGAAUGCGCCGCCGCCCGCGUGCAGAACGUUCGUCAAGUCGCAAGCGUUCGCGCAGCGGCGAGUCAGUUUGAGUGACAGCUCCCGAGGAGCCCGAGCUUAUAAGCGCCUACCGACGGGAACGGCUCGUCACCUGUCCGCUAACAAGGCAGAUACGGAGCUCGGACCGGCGACGACACACGUACCGAACGGUGUGAGGCACCGUCCAGACGCCCGGCUGACUCGAUAAAGCUUUUCUCCGGUAUCCGCCUAUUUUAUUUAUUUAUUUAUUUUAAUUUUUUUUACAUUUUUUUUGGUGGGGGAACGAGUCGCUAGCUUACCGUCGGUUAGCCUCCCCCGCGCUAUCGCUGGUCAGCUCGUGUGUUUGCGGCUGGGCUAGCUUGCAUCAGCUAGCUUAGGACAAAGAGGACCAAGGCAAGGCUAGCGCGCAUCCCGGGCCAGACUUCUUCUUCUUUGUUUUUUGUUUUUGUUUUUUGUGUUUUGUUUGGUUUACCACAGCGUUCGUCAUAUUUGGGAGGGAAAGCACCGGACAAGGAAUUGACAUGAUGUUUCCACAAUCCAGACAUUCAGCUUCAUCGCAGCAGCUGAAAUUCACAACCUCCGACUCCUGUGACAGGAUCAAGGAUGAGUUCCAGUUCCUCCAAGCACAGUAUCACAGUUUGAAGCUGGAGUGUGACAAGUUGGCCAGUGAGAAGUCGGAAAUGCAGCGCCAUUACAUCAUGUACUACGAGAUGUCCUACGGGCUCAACAUUGAGAUGCACAAGCAGGCUGAGAUCGUGAAGAGAUUGAAUGGAAUCUGCGCUCAAGUCCUGCCUUACCUGUCCCAGGAGCACCAGCAGCAGGUCCUGGGGGCCAUAGAGCGGGCUAAGCAGGUCACCCCCCCAGAGAUGAACUCCAUCAUCAGGCAGCAGCUCCAGGCUCACCAGCUGUCCCAGCUCCAGGGCCUAGCCCUGCCCAUGACCCCCCUGCCCCUGGGCCUGAGCCAGCCGACCCUUCCUGCUGUUACCACCUCCUCUGGCCUCUUCUCCCUCUCCUCCAUCCUGGCCUCCCAAGCCCAGCUGGCCAAGGAGGAAAAGGCCUCGCGCGACGGAGCCGACAGCCACCGUGAAGAGGAUGGAGACAAGUCUGACUAGCUGUGUUUUCUGUCCAGCGACCCUAGUCCCAGUCCCCAGAGCCACUCUCCCUUUGGCCUCCCUCGCCCUGACCUGGCCAUUACUGCCACAGGCCUUAAGGCCCAAUCUCCCAUUCCCAGCUCCCUGAUAAACCCAUACCAGCCCCCCCACCUACCCAGCUUUUAUUGCCAGAUCCAGAUCAUUAGUCGGGCUCUAGUUCCUGACCCUCCUGUCCGGACAGCCCUCUUCUACUUAUAUUUAAAAUCCCUGCUAACCUUAUUCAGCCUCUGUCCUCUUUGCUUUCUGUCUCGUUCUCUCUUCUCUUCCCUCCCCAGCACUGUUGCCGUCAUCCCGUUCACCCCCCCCCCUCCCCCCACCUGUUUAUAUAUUUUGCCAUCUUCUCUUCAACAUUUUGUUUUUGUGUCAUGAAGCUUGAUGGUUUUUAUGUCCGUUUUCAUGAUUACCUUUACCCCCCCCCCCCCGUUCCUCGGUCUUUGUAUUUUUGUUUUUCGUUCGUCUCUUUCUCCGUUUCUUCCGUCUCUCUCUCCCCUGUCAGUCUGCACCCCCUGCCGCUGUUCAACACAGUUCUUUGUGAAGCAGGGCUGGUUUGUCAGUCUGAAUGUACCGUGCAAAAGUAGAAAAAAAAUCAAAAAAACAAAAAAAGCAACAGACUAAAUGCUGUCAUCAAACUGACAGGGCCCCAGCCUGUCGGCCUGUGAUUUGUGUGGAUUUGUGUGUCAAGUUAGCCUUCUCAUGGAGAUUCGUAGUGUGUAAAAGCUACAGGACGAGAUGCAGAGAUAUCUACAGAAUUCCUUCAAACUUUUCUAAAAAAACAAAAACAAACAACAAACAAACAAACAAACAACAACAAAACUCCCAACAACCAGUAAUGACAACAUGUUGAUUUUUUUUUUUUGGUGGCCCAAAUUGCAUGCAUCCGUUGCGAGCUCUGCAGAAGCUGGCUGUGGGUGGGUUUAAACUGACAGACUGUGGUGGCCGCUGUAAACGCUGAGCUGGGGUGACGUCACUGCUGUGACGGGGAGAACCCUUGUCAGUUUUGCUGUGUGCCCUUGCGCUUCUGUCCUCGCCCGCACACUCGUGCUGCUUUCAGCCGCUCCGCCAUCGUUCCCGCCAAGCAGAAGCGCCGCAGCAAAAGAACCCGCAGGGUCUCGCGAAGGAUCCUGAAUCCGUUCAGAGAAGCGGCCUACCCAGCGCCCCCCCCUCUGCGCCGCCUGCUGUCAUCCUAGAAAACCUGUCCACCUUCCUUAACCGGUCAUGACUUGUGCUGACCAACCAGCAGUCGUCACGGGGUUUGGUGUUUUUGUUGAAACGGCAGUCAGAGGGCGGAGGUAACCCGCCGUACAGUGGGACUCGCACCCCCACACCUUCGGCCCUCCCAGUCCUUGAGUUAUUCUUCUUGAACGUGCACUAACGCCAGAGUGGGUGCAGAGGGAGUAGAGUGUGUGUGUGUGUGUGUGUGUGUGUGUGUGUGUGUGUGUGUGUGUGUGUGUGUGUGUGUGUGUGUGAACAUUAUCUUUGACAGCAGAGGGCAGCAUGUGUCUUUUGGGGAUUCUAGCUGCGCUCUCCGGACUGGUAGGGGGAGAAGAAGAAAACAAGGACAGGACAAUGACAUGGUACAGGCUCAGUCACGAGGGGAAUAGCCUAUUUAUACACCCUGUGUGUACAAAUGGAGGCUACAUAGACCAGACGUGUGACGUGGGCGUGUGUUCACGUGGUGGAUCCCCCUUCCCUUCUCCGCAUACGUCACCACCCACUUCCUGGUAGUUCUAGUCAGAGCUCUAUUUUUGGAAGCGUCUCUCUCGCUCCCUUUCUCUGUUAUUAGAAGAGUAGAAGCUUGGAGCGGGGACCAUCCACUCAUCCCCCCCCCCCCCCGAACUCCACCUCCCCUUCUGAGUCAGGCGUGUACUUGUAGCUCUGGGGACACGACGUCACGUCAGUUGCACACCGUGAGUCUGCUCGGAAGGUUCCGACAGUCAUCAGCGUAGAUUUCACCGAGGAAAAAGCACAGACGGCUGUCCCGCUGAGUGAAGCCCCCCCCCUCCCCAUCAGCCACCCCUGCCCCCCCUCCCCUUCCCAUCAUCCACUCCUGUCUCCUCCACUUCUCCCGAGCCUUAGACAUGAGCCCAUUAGGGGUGCUGGGAAGAGCAUUACUUGAUGAUACGACUGUUUGCUAAAGAGAUCAGCUGUCACCGAACAAAUAACAGGCGUCUGAAGCGCCCCCUGCUGCCCGCAACAUGUACUACAUUUUCAACCCGGAUUUGCCCCUAUGGUCCAUUGAGCCCUAAACCCUGGCUCCAUCAUGGCCGUGCUCCACCUGUUGCGUUUUACACUGAUGAUGAUGAUGGUGGUGAGGUUGAAGAUGUGCGCAGAUCUGCUUUUGACAGACUGCUUAUCUUGAAAGCGGCCCGUGUUCAUCCGCUGGUCGACCGGAAGAGGGUCCGUCCUGUUUUGCUGGGCUACACUGUGAGAGUGUGCCGCUACGGAACGUUUAAUUCCAGACCCGGAUGUCAGCGUUUGGUAAACGGAAGCCCUUCUGCCAAUCCAUCGCCUCGUGAAGGGCUGUCAGUGUUGGGAGUCCUCUUAAGGCCUCCGCUGAGGAAAAUAGUUUUAAGUUUUGUUUUUUUUAGAAAUGUCUAAUAUGGGGAAAGGAUAUAUUGAGGGACAGGAUAAAAUACCACAUUUCUAAAACUGUUCAGAUGCUGAAGUUAGCGAUGAAGAUGAUGAUGAUGACUGCCUAGAUGAUGCCAGUUGCUGUGUAAGUUGGGGACUUUAUAAACAUGUAUGUAAACAGAUGUAUAGACCUGCUCACAGAGACGGGAUGCGUUGCUCUCUACUCGGCCUGUGGAUCUGACUUGCAGCUCCCCAACCUGCCAUCCAGUCCCCCCCCCCCGCUGUAUGUGUCUUACUACAUACUCCCAUCCAGCCCCCCUCCCCCCCGCUGUGUGUAUCUUACUACAUACUGCCAUCCCGCCCCUCCCCCCCAUGCCUUGUGUAUCUUGCUGCAUACCGCUCCCCCUGCCCCGCUGUAUGUAUCUUACUACAUACUGCCAUCCAGCCCCCCCCCCCCGCGCUGUAUGUAUCUUACUACAUACUGCCAUCCAGCCCCCCCCCCCCGCGCUGUGUGUAUCUUACUACAU